UUGGAAUUUAUGGAUGUGGCCAUAGAAUUCUCUCCGGAGGAGUGGCAUUGCCUGGACGCUGCACAGCGGAAUCUGUAUAGGGAUGUGAUGUUGGAGAACUACAGAAACCUGGUCUUCCUUGGUAUUGCUGUUUCUAAGCCAGACCUGAUCACCUGGCUGGAGCAAGGAAGAAAACCUUUGACUGUGAAGAGACAUGAGAUGAUUGCCACACCCCUAGGUAUGUCUUCUCAUUUUGCCCAAGACCUUUUGCCAGGGCAGAGCAUGAAUGAUUCUUUCCAAAAAACGAUACUGAGCAGAUAUGAAAAACAUGGAUAUGACACUUUAGGGUUAAAAAACAUCUGUGAAAGUGUAGAUGAGUGUCAUGUGCACAAAGCGGGUUAUAAUGGAAUUAACGAAAGUUUUACAAUAUUUCAAUGUGAUAAAUAUGAACUAUUUUAUAAGUUUUCAAAUUCCAACAGACAUAAGACGAGACAUAUUGCAAAAAACAUUUUCAAAUAUAUACAAUGUGGCAAAGCUAUUAACCAGUCCUUAACUCUUACUACAGAUAAGAAAAUUCAUACUGGAGAGAAACCCUACAAAUGCGAAGAGGGUGGCAAAGGCUUCAACUGGUUCUCACACCUUACUAUACAUAAGAAAAUUCGUACAGGAGAGAGAUCCUACAGAUGUGAAGAAUGUGGCAAAGCCUUUACACACUCAUCAAACCUUUCUACACAUAAGCGAAUUCAUACAGGAGAGAAACCCUAUAAAUGUGAAGAAUGUGGCAAAGCCUUUAAGCAGUCCUCAAACCUUUCUACACAUAAGAUAAUUCAUACAGGAGAGAAACCCUAUAAAUGUGAAGAAUGUGGCAAAUGUUUUGUACACUCCUCAGCCCUUUGUACGCAUAAGAGAAUUCAUACAGGAGAGAAACUCUAUAAAUGUGAAGAAUGUGGCAAAGGCUUUAACCAGUUCUCAAACCUUUCUACACAUAAGCGAAUUCAUACAGGAGAGAAACGGUAUAAAUGUGAAGAAUGUGGCAAAGCCUUUAACCAGUUCUCAAACCUUUCUACACAUAAGAGAAUUCAUACAGGAGAGAAACCCUAUAAAUGUGAAGAAUGCGGCAAAGCUUUUAAGCAGUCCUCAAACCUUUCUAAACAUAAGAUAAUUCAUACAGGAGAGAAACCCUAUAAAUGUGAAGAAUGUGACAAACGCUUUGUACACUCCUCAGCCCUUUCUACACAUAAGAGAAUUCAUACAGGACAGAAACCCUAUAAAUGUAAAGAAUGUGGCAAACGCUUUGCACAAUCCUCAGCCCUUUCUAAGCAUAAGGGAAUUCAUACAGGAGAGAAACGCUAUAAAUGUGAAGAAUGUGGCAAAGGUUUUACGCAGUUGUCAAACCUUUCUACACAUAAGAGAAUUCAUACAGGAGAGAAACCCUAUAAAUGUGAAGAAUGUGGCAAAGGCUUUGCACACUCCUCGCACCUUUCUACACAUAAGAAGUUCAUACUGGAGAAAAACCCUACAAAUGUGAAGAAUGUGGCAAAUCCUUUAAAUAUUCCUAUAAUCUUACUAUACAUAAAAAAUUUCAUGCUGGAGAAAAACCUUAGAGAUGUGAAAUAUGUGGAAAAGCUUUCAAACUGGCCUCACACCUUAGUAGACAUAAGAAAAUUGAUACUGGAGAGAAACCCUACAGCUGUGAAGAAUGUGGCAAAGCUUUUAGCCAACCUGCAACCGUCACUUCGCUUAAGAAAAUUCACACUGGAGCGAAACUACAUAAAGAUGAGAAGAAUGUGGCAGAAACUUUCCCUCAUUCCCCAGCCUCAGUAGACAUAAGGUAAUUCAUACUGGAGAGUAACCCUAUGAAUAUAAUCAGUGUAGGAAAGCCUUUAACCAGCUCUCAACUCUUCCUACAUCUGAGAAGUUAUAUGAAACAUAAAACCUAGAAAUAUAAAGAAUGUGAUAAAAUUUUCAAGAAAGUUUUCAGCCUUUAUCACACGUAAUUUAUGCUGGAGAGAAGGCCUGUAAGUAUGAAGAAUGUGGCAAACCCUGUAAUACUUUCUCUUUUUCCUUUUUGAGAGAGAGUUUUCACUCUCAUCAUCCAGCAUGAAGUUGAAUGGCAAAAUUUCUG